UCAUACUUGUAUGCAGUCUUGUCGUUCACUAGUGAUAGAAAUUUAGUCAAAGAGAAAAAGAUGAAGUUGAAGAUGUGUAACGUUGUUGGAGAAGCAAAGAAGCAGGUGGAAGAAGAAGUGUGUGAGUUGCAUUGUGUGCAGUUGAGAAAGGUUCCAGUGGUGGGUUUUGGUAUAGCCGUGAGUGGUGUUGUUGACAGUCCAUGUAAUGCUUCUGCUUCCAUUAUUGUCUCUGAUGUCAUCAAGAUCGGACCAGCUGAGGGAAAGUUACGAUUGAAUGACCGCGUGUUGAGUGUGAAUGGCCAUUCCUUCGACGGCGUUGACCAGUCUACAGCUAUUCAAGUACUGAAGGAGUGCGGCAACACAGUUAAUAUGGUGAUUAGCAGGCGGACUGCAUCACCGCAUGGAUUGUUUCCCUCUGGUGUGAAAGAUGACAAAAAGAAAGGAAAAGGUUCUUUUCUGGUGAAAGUCAAGAAAAUGCUGAGCAAAGCCAAAUUCUGUGGAUCUGUAACAAUGAAAGCAUCUACCAAGAACACAAACCAGGUUAAAACGGAUAUGGAAUAUGUGAAAGCGGAUACCACCAUCUCUCUUAACCAGUCACGUGCCCCAGCUAUGGAGAAGAAAAUAAGCAACCUGAACAUCAACAUCACAGACAACGCCGUGGACAAGUUUACGACUUGCUCCGUCAGCCGUAAGACCACGAACGUCAACGAGUUAUGAUCACGUGUAGAUUGGCGAGGAAUCACACCUUAACGUCACUGGGGGGCAUCUCGCUGUGUAAGACGUUACCAUGACAGACCCACUAGAUGGCGCCAAACGAAAGCUACAAUAGACACACUGAAAUCUCCACAAGUGAAGAUGUACUACUACCGGAUGUGAGCAAGUAUCCACAGCGCCAUCGGUUGUAGAGUUUUUUUGUCUCGGUUGUGUUGUAAAGCUUUUUUUAGACAGAGAAUUGAAUUGGUUUUGAACAAUGUUUGUGACAAUAAUUUGUGUGGGCCUAUAUAACUGAGAGUCUUUAGUCAACAGCUGAUCUAAGCAGUGGCACGGCGGGGUUAUUUCUUCCUCCAUGGCGGGACCUGCAAUAUAGGAGACACGAUCAAGUCAACUGUUUCAAAUGUUUAAAGAUGCCGGGAAAAUUGUGAAGAAUAUUCUUUUGCGAAUUUCUGGAUGCGCUAGUGACAAUUUACUUUCAAAGAUAAAACCAAUAUUAACCCUAACUCGUGGAUUAUAAAGACACCAAUAUAUUGCUGACUGACAGCUGUUUGUCAACUGAAUUACCGACGCAGUAAUUAAUCUACAAAAAGAUUAUUGUGUUUGAUUAAUGCCAACAU